GUAUCGUAGCAACUGUAGCGGCUAUUCAACAUUGCUGUAAGUUCAGGACUUUAAAACAAAAAUGAUUGCACCGAAACUUUACAACGUUUACAUGACGUCAAUGGUAGAAAACUAGUAUUCGUCAUGGAAUAAGUAUACAUUCUUGUAUUUGUGUACAGUAGUACUGGAAUAAUUUCAUCAGUAUCUUUGCAUUUAAUAAAUACGCCAAGAAAAAAGAUUAAAUAUGUCUCGCACCUUUAAAUGGUUCUUACUCCUACAGUUUUUUCGAGCUAAAUAAAUAGAAUUAAUUCAGUCAUUUAUUCUUAGCCACCCCAAUUUCAUAAUUUCUGGGAAAAUUUGACCAAUUUUGAGGAAAUUUUGGGAGUAUAGCACCAAAACCCCAAUAUUUCCCUAAACUUUACCCUAAACCUUGGUGAACGUGAUUUGGCUUUGGGGUUUUCCUCAAAAUUUCAUUAGCAAUUUUCCCAAACGUGGGAGAUAAUGAAGUGGACAUCAAGUGAACAGUUUAUCAAAAUAUGUUCAAAAGGUGUUAUUGUAGUGAUGAAAUAAUCAAAUAUCAAAUAUUUAUAUUAAAUACGAAGCCAAUCGCGAAUAGUAUUUAAAGCUACUAUCGGGUAUUUCAAACAUUAUGGUCGCAGAAAUGGAGAUCAAACUGCCCUGUUUAUAUACAUGUUUUCUACCUGAAUUUCCAACACUUCAGACUAUCCAUUUAUCUAACCAACCGACUGGACUUUAAUGAAUUUUUAAAAAAAUGAUAAUGAACUUUGCUUUAGGACUCCUUCUAAGAUGUCAACGUAAGAUUUUAAAUAAAGCAAGGUAAAGUUUUAAGUCAAGCGUCUUCUCACGGGAACUGACAGAACGGAUUAAAAAUACAAAACAAAUGUUAAACCAAAUGAGUCUGUGUGUCAAAGUUGAGCCUCUUUUUUUAAUUGGAUGACCGAAUCGUUUAACUGACCCUUAUUGCUGCAUAUAGUAGCAGGUUGGAUUUUCUCAUCUUUGAUAAUCACUUGGUCUGACCAGUUGCUCACGUUCAAUAUAAUUUGACCCUGAUAAAUCUAUUAAAUCAUACUAUGCUUUCGAAUCAGUUUUUUCAUAAACUUUAAUUUCAUUAAAGCAAUUCAAGCUUUUUUCCAAACUAAUUUUUGGUCGUAGACUUUGGUCAUAGGUUUUUCUAGGUAAAAGAUCAAACCAUCAGAUUUUAAAUGGCAACCGCAACAAAACCGGAUACGAAAAGAACAUAUCUUAGUUGGUUUGAAAAUCUUCACGCCGAAAGAAAGACGGCUGAAAGUUAUCAGAAUAUAUCUUAUGAUCAUCGUCAAUUGGUUAGAGCUAAACGCAUAGAAACAGAUAUAAAUACAAAAUAUGAUCAACUCCAGACAAAUAAUCAUUUAUCUGAUCGUAUAUGGAUUGUACGUCAAUGGCGUGAUAAAUUAAUGACUCAAUUAGAUAAACUCAAACAAAAAGAGAUUCAUUUAAAAGCUGUUAAACAUAAAAUACAAGAAUUUAUGAUUAAAUUAAAUGAUUCAUUUGAUGUCAACAUUGAAUCUCUAACACAUUUAGAUCAUAGACAAAAUGAUGAAAAUAUUAUUGAUCCUGUUUUUAAGGAAUUAAACAAGGAACGUGAUUUAUUGAAAGAAAUACAAACAGAUCUUCAACGACAAAUCGAUGAAGCAAUUCAUUUAUUAGUUGAAAUGAAUAAUGUAGCAAAACCAUUUUAUUCAGAUAUUUUUAAUAAAAAUGAAGCUGUACAUAUCGAUAUUGAUGUUUAUAAUUUAAAUGAAAAAUCAUCUUGUAUUAGUCAUAAACCAUUCUGUGAACGUUUACCAGAAAGCUCAAUAGAUUUACAAACAUGGGAGAAUAUAAGUUAUCAAACUUUAGAAAAUGCUAAAAAUGUAAUUGAAAAGGCUGAUGAUUUACUACAUCGAUUGCAUAAUAGUCUGCAUAAAGCAAUCAAUAGGAUGGCUAGUAAAGCUAGUCAAGUAGAUAAUGAACUACGUAAGCGUAUACAUGAUACUCUUAGAUCAUUAUGUGAAAUCGAAUAUCAAAUUAAAAGUACUGAAAAUGAAAGGGAUGAACAUUUAAAAGAUAUAAAAAGUUUAGAAGAUACUGUACGUGCAAAAAAAGAAAGUGUAAAAUUAGCCGAAACACGACUGGAGAAACGUCAUGAUAGAUCGGGGAAUGAAAAUAUUCGAGAUGUUGCACAAUUAAGCCUGAUAGAAGAGUUAUCAAACCUACGCAAUUGUAUUGAUAUGUUAGAAGAAAAACUUACAAAAUCUAGGAAUAUACUGAAUAAUUUAGAACAUCAAAUUGUUCAACUACAUCAUGAUACUCAACAAAAACGUAAUGCUUUACAAAUUUAUGAAGAAAUUCAUAAUAUACGUAAACGUCUUGAUUAUACUACAAUUAUUAAUAUUAAUACAAAUACACAUAGUCAUUUGUCAUUAUGUCCAAUGAUACCCAAUGGUAUUCAACGAGAACCAGUUUUAUUUUAAUAAGUGAAAGAGAAGUAAUGAAAUUUCAAAAAGUUUCUAAUCUUAUUUCAUCACUUUAAAACACGUAAAGCUUUAUUCUAUUAAUCUCAUUGUAGUUACGUAAUUAUUUUAUUUUAUUUGAUAAUAGUUCUUUAAUAUUUCUUCAUUACAUUAUGAUCAAUAAGCAUUGAAGAACUCGAUUUCUUUCUGUGAUAACAAUGAAUUAUCUUAUUUAUUCAUGAUUAUUAUUAUUAUUGUCAUUUUAUUUGAGAACAACAAAAAAAAAACAAUGGAAAAAUCUCACUAAAUAUGUCUUUCAUUCAAUAUAAAUCAAAUACAUUUGAGAUGGGGAAAAAGAUUUAUAGCUCAGCUGAAUGAUUUUGAUAAAGUUUUGUUCUUUGAUCUGGAUUGUUUGAUCGUGGAGCUUUCAUCAUUCCUUUGAAUAACAUCAUCAAAAUCAAAUAUAUUUAUCUUGUUCUACUCUUAUGUACUAACUAAUACAUUAUUCUAAAUAGUCAAUAAUUAUAAAUACAAAUUUAUUUGAUAUCAA